CGGUGUUGUGGUGUUUAAGGCUGUGAGCAGGAACUUUACAUGGAUUUGGGUCUUUAGAAAGAGAUUCGUUUAGUCUAUGGAACAACAACGAUAGGAACACUGCGGUUUCACUUCUCUCUCCAUGGCAUCUAACAAGCUGACUGUAGUGUUGAUAUGUAUUGUCAUCAUUGCUGUGACAUUUUACAUGGUCAUCAAUGGAUCGGAGGCCAGAUCCACCAUGUCAGGAAGAAAUAAUGAAACUAAACCCAACGUGUCAGACGCAGACCAUGCAGCAAGAUCCGCCAUGGCAGUCACCGAACCUGUAGCUAGAUCGUCCAUGACAGUCAUAGGCCCUGUCACCAAAACUACCAUAGCGGUCACAGAUCCUGUAACCAGAUCUACAGCGUCAGCAGAAGACACUGUAGCUAGAUCCACCCUGGCAAUCAAAAACCCAGAAACCAGAUCUACAGUGUCACCCGAAGACCCUGUAGCUAGAUCCACCCUGGCAAUCAAAAACCCAGAAACCAAAUCUACAGUGUCAGCCGAAGACCCUGUCGCUAGAUCCACCCUGGCAAUCAAAAACCCAGAAACCAGAUCUACAGCGUCAGCCGAAGACCCUGUCGCUAGAUCCACCCUGGCAAUCAAAAACCCAGAAACCAGAUCUACACUGGCAAUCACAGAACCGGUAACCACAUCCACUAAUGCAGUCACAGACCAUGUUACCAGAUCCACCGUGUCUCCCACAGAUGCUCCAGACAGAACAUCCACCUUGUCUCCCACAGAUGCUCCAGACAGAACAGCCACCGUAUCUCUCACAGAUGCUCCAGACAGAACAUCCAACGUGUCUCUGACAGAUGCUUCAGACAGAACAUCCACCGUAUCUCUGACAGAUGCUCUAGACAAAACAUCCACCGUGUCUUUCACAGAUGCUUCAGACAGAACAUCCACCGUAUCUCUGACAGAUGCUCCAGACAGAACAUCCACCGUAUCUCUGACAGAUGCUCCAGACAGAACAUCCACCGUGUCUCUCACAGAUGCUUCAGACAGAACAUCCACCGUAUCUCUGACAGAUGCUCCAGACAGAACAUCCACUGUGUCUCUCACAGAUACUGCAGACAGAACAUCCACCGUAUCUCUCACAGAUACUGCAGACAGAACAUCUACCGUGUCUCUCACAGAUGCUUCAGACAGAACAUCCACCGUGUCUCCCACAGAUGCUGCAGACAGAACAUCCACCGUGUCUCCCACAGAUGCUUCAGACAGAACAUCCACCGUAACUCUCACAGAUGCUUCAGACAGAACAUCCACUGUAUCUCUGACAGAUGCUCCAGACAGAACAUCCACCGUGUCUCUCACAGAUGCUUCAGACAGAACAUCCACCGUAUCUCUGACAGAUGCUCCAGACAGAACAUCCCCAGUGUCUGUCACAGAUACUCCAGACAGAACAUCCCCAGUGUCUGUCACAGAUACAGAUGCACCAGACAGAAUAUUCCCCGUGUCUCUCACAGAUGCUCUAGAGAGAACAUCCCAUGUGUCUGUCACACAUGCUCCAAACAGAACAUCCAAAGCGUCAGCCAUUGGUCUGCCAUCACAAACUGUGAGUGAAGGUAAUCCUUCAGCCUCCUCAGUAAAACAUGCCGUGCUAUUCACUACAGAUUAUGUAAGAACAACGCUUGUCCCUGAAACAACCUCCAGAGAAUGGUGGGUCAACACACUUCGAAGAACUACUUACCCCAUUGAGGCCUUCGGGACUUCGAUAGGUGGAAAUUCUUUGGACGAGUUCCUCAAUAGAGACGGCUCCCAAAGAGAUCCCUGUUCUAGUGGCCAAGUCUACUACUUCGAGAAUUGUUACAUGACCUCGCAAUACAAAACACCAUCACAGCGUCCUACGACGUGGGAAUACACAUCAGCACCUUCGACUUCAAGAACAAACACCAAACCACAUUCUACAACCAAACCACUCGUGAAACCACCGUAUACGACAAGAAAACACAUGCAAUCACUUACGACAAGCACCCAUGUAAAACCUUCUACAACAAUUCUCGUAAAUUCCCCUUCCACUACAAGAGAUUCUAUAUCGCCGCCUUCUUCACCUACCAGAAAAAACUAUGUCAUACCAAUUAAUGAACCUACCCCUAACCCUAACCCUAACCCUAACCCUUACCCCACUCCUUCCCCGAUUACACACAACUACAAUUCACGGCACCACAACACCACGGGGACGAGACGGACACCAAGAACUGUAGACGAAGAGUCAUCACACGAGCAGUCAGCAGUCACAGCAUCAACCAACACAUCUCCUGGACACGUCCUUAAAACAGCUGAUACACAAUCAACAACUUCAAGGUUGCAGUGUAAUCAUAUCAUCUUAAACAACUCAACAUUCAACAUAUACCCCAAUGGAUCUGUAGUUCUGAAAGGUGGUAGGGUCAUAAAUGAAAGUGAUUUCGUCCUCACACCGAAAGGACAACUGAAAAUAUGCGUGACAGCUCUUGGUUCACAAGGUUCAAACACAAAGUUUAAAAUUGAUCUUAACCGCACAACUGUGGUGUUGACGAACACCUGUCUGGUGUCUAGCCAAGUGUUCCUGCUUCUGACUUUCAUCUUGCACUGUUUCUUCUCUAGUCUGAGGAAUCUUCCUGGCGUGAUUCUCAUGUUCUUGUCGGCAUCUUUGUUCUUGCCACCUUCUUCUUUGGGAGUGCCCAGGCGUACAAUCGUUCAACUUGUAUAG